AUGUCGAGCCAGCUCGACGACUGGAAGGCGGCGCACGACCUGUCGCUCGAGGCGCAGAAGACGCGCAUCACGAGCUUCAAGGAGAGCAGCGAGGCGCUCAUGCUCGGGCUCGACGACGUCCGGACCGUGCUCGAGGAGAAGGAGUUCCAGCUCUGGGAGAAGGAGGGGUUGCUCGAGUACCAGGAGGAGCGGCUCCUCGACAGCGAGGACCAGGAGGUCCAGAUGGCCCUCUACAUCAACAUGCUCGCGCAAUCGAUGCUCGCGCUCAACCUCACGCUCCCCGAGGGCCUCGAGGAGCAGCCCUACUACGGCCAGGAGCGCGCCCACACGGACGACGCGCCCAACGACGACGCCAUCCGCCGCCGGCGCCGCCUCCGCGCCAAGGCCCCGCUGCCCGCGGGCGUCACCGGCGCGUACCGCGCGCACCUCCUCGCGCAGGGGCGCAAAGGCCGCGCGGCGUGA